GUUGUGUAUUGUAAUUGCUAGUGGCCGUUUGCCAAUUGGAAAUGUAACAGCUAAUUUCAACGGAGACAAAUGUCGAAGGAUAAACGGGAUAAGCCCAAACGAAUCUCAAAGAUGGUAAGUAAGUCGUUCCUGUGGGGCGUGAUUGCCGCGUCGCUUACCUGGUCGGUUAGUUUGUAUCUGUAUUGGAGUUUGAGCAGCGGUUCCGGCUCCGUGGCUUCCGUUCCAACGGCUUCAAUGUUGCAAGGAGAUCAAAGUGCCGGUGAACAAUCGGCGGCAGUGAUUGGUCCCGUUGAUCAGGAAACAAUGAACAGGAAGACACAUGUCCAGAAUGGCCACCAGAACAACCUGAUAGGAUUGGAAUCGCUUGGUGAGAAGACAGAGAAUGGGAAAAGUUUUAGCUUCUUCAAGGAGAAGUACAAUCGUAAUCGGAAGGAGCAGGCAUUUAGGAAGAUAAGCCAUAAACUGAUAGAUGAGCUGCAGCCGAUGAUGCCGAACGGAACGGAUGAAUUCGGGAUGGUGAGAAAUUCUGAAGAGCAGUUUAUAAGGGAUGUUGGCUACAGGAAGCAUGCGUUCAAUGUGCUAGUCAGCAAUAAGAUUGGUCCGUUUCGGGGGGUUCCCGACACGAGACACAAAUUGUGCCAUGAGCAAAGCUACGACAAAGUACUUCCAUCUGCAUCUAUUGUGAUGUGUUUCUACAACGAACAUUUGGAGACGUUGAUACGUUCGGUCAAUUCGGUUAUUCGCCGUACUCCAUCCUACCUUCUUCAGGAAAUUAUCCUGGUUGAUGAUUGCAGUGAUUUGGAUGAUCUUCGAGACGAUUUGGAGGCCGAGUUGAAUGCACUUAAGAACAGUAAAGUAAGACUUAUCAGAAAUGCUGAACGAGAGGGAUUGAUGCGUUCCCGUGUUUACGGGGCACGGAAUGCCACAGGCGAUGUUCUGAUUUUUCUGGACAGUCAUAUUGAGGUCAAUGAGGAUUGGGUCGAACCGUUGUUGCAGCGCGUGAAAGCGAACACAACCAUACUGGCUAUGCCGGUGAUUGAUAUCAUCAAUUCGGAUACGUUUGUCUACACUUCGAGUCCGCUGGUCCGAGGAGGUUUCAACUGGGGUCUACACUUCAAGUGGGAUAACCUUCCGAAGGGAAGUUUAGUGAAGGAAAAUGACUUUGUUGGCCCGUUUCAAUCACCAACCAUGGCCGGUGGGUUGUUUGCCAUGGAUAGGCAGUACUUCAAAGAUCUAGGUGAAUACGAUAUGGGAAUGGAUGUUUGGGGUGGAGAAAAUUUGGAGAUUUCUUUCCGUGCUUGGCAAUGCGGUGGAUCGAUUGAGUUGGUUCCCUGCUCUAGGAUCGGGCAUGUUUUCCGCAAGAGACGUCCUUACGGGUCUCCUGAUGGAUCGGACACAAUGAUUAGAAAUUCCUUGCGAUUAUCGCGAGUUUGGAUGGAUGAUUACAUAAAAUAUUUCUUUGAAAAUCAACCCCAAGCUAAGAAAAUUGAUCCAGGAGAUUUAACAGAAAGAAACGAGCUAAGAAAGCGACUGAAUUGCAAAUCUUUUGAAUGGUAUUUAAAGAACAUCUACCCUCAACUGAAACUUCCUGGAGAAAAAACAACCGACAGCAACGUUUCCCAACCCAAAUUCCAACCGUGGCACUCAAGGAAGCGUAACUAUGUAAGCAGUUUCCAAAUUCGGCUUAGCAACAGCAGCCUGUGUGUCACUACGGAAAAUUCGAAGGAGAAGAGUCUGUGGAAGAAAGGAUCCCGUCUGGUGCUGCAUCCCUGUUUGCGAGUGAAAGCCCAAAUGUGGUACGAAACGGAACGGGCCGAGUUGGUUCUCGGUCAACUACUGUGUUUGGAAGCACCCUCGAGUGCCACCAAAGGAACACCGAUGUUGAACAAAUGCCACGAAAUGGGAGGCGAUCAGGCAUGGAAGCACAGGAAAACGAAAGGAACACCCAUCUACAACAUUGCCUCGGGCAGUUGCUUAGCGGUGCAGGAAAUUCGCAAAGGUGCUUCCGUAGGGUUGAAUUUGUGUGUGAACUCCUCCCGCAGCACGUGGGAUUUGAUGAUUUCGUAGCCUCUUGAAAGUGCAAUCGAAUCGGCGGUACUCUCUUACCAACUAUUUGUAAUGUAGCUCGAAUAAUUCCAGAUUUAUAGAUAGGCAUAAGAGAUGUUUCUUUUU